AUGAGCUCCUUUGCGAAGCUCUCCACAAAGAGCAGCCACAGCAACAGCAAUACCGGUGGGAAUAAGGAAAACAAGGCACCGGCUGGAAAGAAUGAGAAACAUCAGCAAAAGCAGCACAGAAAACCGAUUGUACCGUUUCAGAGGACAGAUCGGAUACUAUUGGUUGGAGAGGGAGACUUCUCUUUCGCCCAUUCCCUAGCUACGUAUCACCGAUGCAGACACCUAUUGGCAACAUGCUACGACUCUGAAAAGACACUCUACACCAAAUACCCUCAAGCCGAGAAGAAUAUCGCCGACAUCCUUGACGGCUUGUCGAAGCCCAAGGAUAGCGAACUCCAAGGCCCGAAGGUGCUAUUCUCCGUUGACGCGAAAAAGCUCGGCUCUGGACUGGGAGGAGGGAAGAAUGUCCGAAUUGGAUAUCCCAGAAAAGACCGGGAAAUACCUGCCUGGAAGAAAGAAAAGAGUGCAAAUUCCGGGAUGGAUAAUGAGAGGAGGGAUAAGGCUGGGCCCUGGGAUGUGAUAUGCUUUAAUUUCCCGCAUGUAGGUGGAAUUUCGACGGAUGUGAACCGGCAGGUUAGGGCGAAUCAGGAGCUUCUAGUUGCGUUCUUUAAGGCGUGUAUACCCCUUUUGGCAGGGAAACUCGAGGAGGUUGACGACGACGACGACGAUGAAGAGGAGCAUGCAAGGGGUUCUGAUGCUGAUGAAAAUGGCUCUGGUGAGGACGCGAGUGAAAAAUGCGAUGAUGACGACGGCAUUGUUAAGGCGAAAGACGAGCGGAGGACCGAACCCGGUCAGAUAUUGGUAACGCUCUUCGAGGGAGAACCUUACACGCUAUGGAAUAUUAAGGACCUAGCGCGACAUGCAGGGUUGCAGGCUGUGACGAGUUUUAAGUUCCCGUGGGCGUGCUAUCGUGGAUAUUCCCACGCACGAACGCUGGGGAAAGUUGAAAGGAAGGAUGGUGGAAGAGGAGGGUGGCGAGGUGAAGAUAGGGAAGCUAGGACGUACGUGUUUGAGCUCAAGAACGAUGAGCACGUUGUGUCUGGGGCUUCUGGAAAGAGGAAGAAGAGAUCAACAGAAACAGACGAUUCCGAGAGUGAUUAG